UCAAGACCACUCUACCCCGAUAGCACCAAACUUGUUUGCUCAGCGUUGUCGCUUACGAUUUGCUUAUGUGAAUUUGCAUUAGCAAUUUAUGAGUAUUCCUACUCGAGAGGAGGAAAUCUAAGCGGAGCAAUAUUUACAUGUGUAUUUUUCAUUCACGGGUGCAUUACGUUGUUGUAUUUUGUGGGUAUUAUCAAACGGAAUCCUUGCCUUCUUGUGCCUUUUCUAACGUUACAGUUGAUAUUUAUGACAACACUUGGAUUGCUAGUUGUUGUAUGGUGGAUAGCGACGUUGUUAGCAUCAUUCGACUUGGUUCAUUAUAGGAGUCCAUUC